UCUGACUGUAAUCCUAGCGCGUCACUUUGUUGAAGGCAAACACGUGGUUUGGGGAGCACUUAUAAAUCUCUGCUCCGGGCAGGAUCGUGAUGUUAUCUGCUGGCAGCAGAAGGUUUGCUCGGAGCGGAGCUGCCGGAGCUGCCGGCCAGAGAGCCAGGGCGUGAGAGUGAGAGAACGAGCAGAGAGCUGAGCCGCAGGGCAGGGGACAGGGAUGAAGGGCAGAAGCGUCAGGGUUUCAGGAGCCGUUCUGGAGCAACCCGGCUACAGAGAGGAGUAGGUAUCAGCAGAGGUCUACUUUAGGGCGGCUAGUACCUUCUUACCCUAACUGAGAAAGUGCAAACUUGCUGGAAGCCAGGAGAGGCUGGGGAAGGGUGGGAGUCUCCGAGGCGCCCCGCGGCCAACGCGCCCAGGAGGCGGUGUUGUUCCACAAGGGGUGAAGAAGGUGGCCGGUCUCUGUCGCCCUGUGGCCGCCCGGAGCAAGAGAAGUAGGAUCUGCAGGACGGAGCUGGAGGCUAGCCCCCUUUGCAGGCAUCAGCGGCGGCUGCAACGUGGAACGACCCAGCCGGGUGUAGGCCACAGCGCGGCCACAGGAGCGGGAUCGUCGCUGCCUGCUCCGGCCUCGGAGGAUCUCCGGGGCGGACAGUACCCCCACCGAGGCCCCGAGUGAGCCGCGCCGGGGCGCAUCUGCCUUCCCGCGGCUUGCCAAGCUCGCCCUCGGCGCGCGCACACGCACGCGCGCACACAUCCACACGCACACUCGUCCACACACGUGUGGAAGGCAGGGCCGAGCCGCUCGGUCUUUGAACAUCUCAGUUAGAGCCCGGCGCAGCCCCGGCUGCCGCUCUGCACUCUCCUGCCAGCCCCAGGACCUUCUCGUCUCUUCCCUUUUGGCCGAAGGAUCCGAGUUCAGAUCCGCCACUCCGCACCCUAGCCUGACACACUCACCCCCGCCCUUCCAGGGGAAAAACAAACCUUACUCCUCAAAGUGAGAGCCCCUACCCACACCCUUGAGCAUCGCAUAGUAACAUCUCCACGUUGGGAACGCGUUGCAUUUUCUUUUUUUAAAGGAGUCCCAGCCAGGGACAUUUUUCUAUUGGGCACUGACUUUCGAUUGCUUUGCAAAAGUUUCGCAUUAAAAGACAAACAAACAAACAAACAAGAAAAAAACUUUACCUGACCCGCUUUGAGAAUUAUUGGUUUCUUUAUAUUUAUAUAUAUAUAUAUACUUUUUUCUUACUUUAAACAACAACACCAACGACGUUUCCACCUUUUAAAAACAUGCACUACUGUGUGCUGAGAACCUUUUUGCUCCUGCAUCUGGUCCCGGUGGCGCUCAGCCUGUCUACCUGCAGCACCCUCGACAUGGACCAGUUUAUGCGCAAGAGGAUCGAGGCCAUCCGCGGGCAGAUUCUGAGUAAGCUGAAGCUCACCAGCCCCCCGGAAGACUAUCCUGAGCCGGACGAGGUCCCCCCGGAGGUGAUUUCCAUAUACAACAGUACCAGGGACUUACUGCAGGAAAAGGCAAGCCGGAGGGCAGCCGCCUGCGAGCGAGAGCGGAGCGAUGAAGAGUACUACGCUAAGGAGGUUUAUAAAAUCGACAUGCCGUCCCACUUCCCCUCUGAAACUGUCUGCCCAGUUGUUACAACACCCUCUGGCUCAGUGGGCAGCUUUUGCUUCAGACAGUCCCAGGUGCUCUGUGGGUACCUUGAUGCCAUCCCGCCCACUUUCUACAGACCCUACUUCAGAAUUGUCCGCUUCGAUGUCUCGAUGAUGGAGAAGAACGCUUCUAAUUUGGUGAAGGCAGAGUUCAGAGUCUUUCGUUUGCAGAAUCCCAAAGCGAGGGUGGCCGAGCAGCGGAUCGAACUGUAUCAGAUUCUCAAAUCCAAAGACUUAACGUCUCCAACGCAGCGCUACAUCGAUAGCAAGGUUGUGAAAACGAGAGCCGAGGGCGAAUGGCUCUCCUUCGAUGUGACGGACGCCGUGCACGAGUGGCUUCACCACAAAGACAGGAACCUGGGAUUUAAGAUAAGUCUGCACUGCCCCUGUUGCACCUUCGUGCCAUCUAAUAAUUACAUCAUCCCGAAUAAAAGCGAAGAGCUCGAAGCCAGAUUCGCGGGUAUUGAUGGCACCUCCACAUAUAGCAGUGGUGAUCAGAAGACUAUAAAGUCCACUAGGAAGAAAAACAGUGGGAAGACCCCUCAUCUCCUGCUAAUGCUGCUGCCCUCCUACAGACUGGAGUCACAACAGUCCAAUCGGCGGAAGAAGCGUGCUUUGGAUGCUGCCUAUUGCUUUAGAAAUGUGCAGGAUAAUUGCUGCCUCCGCCCUCUUUACAUUGAUUUCAAGAGGGAUCUUGGGUGGAAAUGGAUCCAUGAACCCAAAGGGUAUAAUGCCAACUUCUGUGCUGGGGCAUGCCCGUAUCUGUGGAGUUCAGACACUCAGCACACCAAGGUCCUCAGUUUGUACAAUACCAUAAAUCCGGAAGCUUCUGCUUCUCCUUGCUGUGUGUCCCAAGAUCUGGAGCCUCUCACCAUCCUCUACUACAUUGGCAACACACCCAAGAUCGAACAACUUUCCAACAUGAUUGUCAAGUCUUGCAAAUGCAGCUAAGGUCCUCAGAAAGGCCACGACACGAAAACCACGGUGACAAUGACACGAAAACCACGGUGACGACGACAAGAAAACCACGGUGACGAUGACGAUGUUUGUGACACGAGGGAAUUUUGAUUCAUCAGUGUUUAGAGAAAUCGGAGAAAAAUCGGUACUAGUUCAAACAUUUUGCGAGCUUGUGUUUUGUUCGUUAAAACUGGCAUCUGAGAUUACAGCAGCAGCAACAACAAAAAAGAAAACAUGGAAGGCUUUAGUCUGCAUUUCACCUACUUUUUGUGAGAGACACAAAAAGGAAAUGUCUUUUUUUUAAAGGAAAAAAUAAACACUGGAAGAAUUUGUUAGUGUUAAUUAUGUGAAAGAAAAAACAAAACAAACAGGAAAAUCCGUUCAGCGGAGUUGUAUGUAUUGUCUCCACCCUCACCUCAGCCCUGCUUCUUUCCUGGAUCCUCAGUAUUGCUCUGCAGCACACACUCUCCCCGUCCCUUCCUCUGAGCUCUCAGUGGGUUAUUUAUUGUGUGUUACUAUAUAAUGAACCGUUCACUGCCCUUGGAAAACAAAACAGGUGUAUAAAGUGGAGACCAAAUACUUGGCCAUAAACUCAUGGAUGGCUCAAGGAAUUUGAACUCAAAUGAGCUGGAAAAACAGGAGGUCAUAUGGGAUGAAGCCCUCUUGAGUCCUUAUAUGACCGAGCAAAUCUGCGAAAGCAUAGAAGCCCCAAGAAGAUGCACUGUGCAGCAAGUGAUAGCAGAGGCUUCCUGGACAGCCAUACACUGAGAAGGCCUGUUAACGAAGAAAACUUGGAGUCAGUGGGAAUCUGGAAGCUUGCUUUUUUUUUCUCGUUUAAUUGUAAAUGGUUCUUUGCCAGUUUAAGCAAGCCAGUGAAAUGUUGACCUGUUUUGAUGUGUAUUGUCAGACUUUGGACCGUGAAGUGUCUGGAGAGCUCUGAUACAGGUUGUUUUCCUUUGUCCUGGUAUAUGUAAUCACAGUGAUACUAUUAAAAUAGGUGGGUCUAGAAGCCAGCAUAAUUGAAAACACAUCUGCAGAUCCGUUUUUACAAACCGUUAAAUCAAAACAUUAACUACUUUAUGUGUAAUAUGUAGAUCCAUGCCAUAUUUUGAUAUUCUGUAAUAAUGAUUAUGGUUUAGAUUGAACUUAAAUUUGACUCUCUUUUUUAAUGAUCAUUCAAGAUUGUAUGUUUGUUUCCUUUAGCUGGCCAGUACCUUUGAAUAAAACCCCUAGAUUUUGACUUGCACUACAAAUUCAUUUUUUUAAAAAUAAUAUUUCCUCUGCUUGUCGUUUAUGUAUUGACCAUUUAAUGACCUAAGAUACCUGGAUUCAUUUCCCCCUCUUUCCUGUUCUUUUCUGAAAGACGAAACACAAAGACAAACGAAAACAAAAAGGUGUGUUUGAGUUCUACGCUCUUCACCCAUUUUUCUGUGUCAGUACUAGCUUGUCAAGCUGGAUGACAGAGUUCUCCAAGGAAGACGGAGCUGUGUCAGUGCAGACAGUUGAACACAAAAAUAGUUUCAGAGAGGGUUUAAGAAUCUAAACUCAGAACCCUGGUAACUGGGCGAGGAAAAGUUUCUCUAGCUUUCUUUAAUUCAUAUAUUUGUGGAAUUUUGUUGUUGUUAAAAAGCAGACAGUUAAAGAAAAAAAAGCACUUUUUUCUUUAAUCAGGCUUUUGGUUCCAUGGGGAGAUUUGAAAGAUAACACACAUGGGUUGAGUUUUUCAAAGUGAGGAAAAAGUCCAGACCAUCUUUUGUCAUUUCGUUAAUUUCCCCGAAGUUCUGGUCUUGAAAGAAAUUCUUUGAAGGUUGAAAAGGCACAAGCCAAAUUCUCCCUUGUCAAAAUUUUCUUCCUUUCAUCUGGGUGAGAAUGCUCUAUGGCUGAGGUUAGCUUUGGCUUAAGGAAAUAGGUUGUCCUAUUUUUCAGAGGUGGCACCUGGCAAUGGGCUUUGUCACUUAUGUAGCUUCAAAAUACAAACUAAACCACAAGCAAUAUUUAUGGUCUUAUCCAGAUAUGGAAUUUAUAGAAUAUUUAUGGCCAAAGGGAAAAUACAGUGAGUUGUGAAUACAAAGAGACUUUUUUUUUGAUAUGGUAAAUCAAAUAGUGGGGAGAUUUUUCUCAAAAUUCAUGAAAAUGAGGAAAGGGAUUUGCAAACCAGAAGACAGACAUCAAGCCCUGGUGAAUGUCUCUUGUGUCCUGUGCAACACAAACCCAGAUUUGCCUGUGUGUUCUUUUGCUGUCCCCUUCCACUCUUCUGUUAUUUCUGUGUUAUGACCCCCUUAUUUCUGCAGGUAUUUUCUCUCAGAGAAAAUGACUGUUUUUGCUCUGUAUGAUUUUCUCUCUCCUUCUGAAUGCACUGACUGUUCUUUUUGAAGGUUUCUUGAACUUUUCUCUCUGUCUCUUUUAAAGCCUGUGGGAUCUACAGGUCUUUAUUUCCCAUUAGUAAAUAUCGCCAUGGGAGAGGUAGUAGGAGUGGGGAGGGGCGUGUUAGUAUAUGGGUGGGGCAGCAGAUUGUAUGUGUUAAAUGACAGUACAAUUUUAUGGUUGGCAUGGUUUUUAAAGAAUGGGAAUAUAAGAAUAGCUGUUAUGUGUUUUGAUGACCAAUUAUGCUGUAUUUUAACACAAUGUAUGUCUGGUUUUUGUGGUGCUCUAGUGGUAAAUAAAUUAUUUCAGUUAUA